AUGGACGGAGCAGCAGCUUUGGUUCUGGUGCUGUCAGCAAUGGCAGCCGGUACGGAGAAACCAAUCCAAGCUGGUGCGGGGAUACCUACCCCAGCCGCUACAGAGAAACCUACCACAACCGUUACGGGGAAACCUACCCCAACCGUUACGGAGAAACCUACCCCAGCUGAUACGGAGAAUCCUACCCCAGCUGUGUGUUCCAGUCCGCAACCCCUCGGUAUAGAGGACGGGAACAUCCAAGAUGAUCGCAUCACGGCGUCCAGUAGUCGCGACUGUUGCCGUGCCAGUUAUGGACGCCUCAACAAUAACGAGAAAUGGUCACCCAUGACUGACGAAGCUAAUCCCUGGAUCGAGGUGGACCUCAUCCAGAGUACAGUGGUGACUGGAGUCACCACACAAGGCGGCCUCGGCAGAUGGUAUGUGAAGCGGUACAAGGUGGCGUAUCAGCAGCAGCCCUCAUUCCAACGCAAACACGUGACAGAUGGAAACGGAGACAUCAAGGUGUUCAUCGGUAACACUAAUACCAACAACCCGGUCACUAACCUGUUUGAUGAGAGUGUGGUGGCGACGGUAGUGCGCAUUGAGCCUACUAAAUGGCAAUUUGGUGUUUCUCUGCGAUUGGAGCUGCUUGGGUGUCGCUGUGGUUAA